CUUACUGUGCUCCUCGCCUGCUGACACGACGCACACACACAUACUUAACACUGUUGUGUGUAUUUUUACUGUGUUUUAAGAAGAAACAUGAUUCGUGUGACGCUAUUCCUGGUGUUGGUGGUGCUGACGGUGUACACCUGGGCAGGUCUGGCUAGCCUACCAGGUAAACGUCAGAACAUUGGUAGUAUCUUGGAUGGUGAAGCAGGCAGUGGCGCUAGGUCAAGAAACGCUAAAAUAGGGUCAUCUGCUGGUGUGGGUGGCGGUGACCGUUCGGGAACUAACACACUCGCCAAAAGUGGGCGUGGCACUGUGAGCAGUGCCGAAGGCCAGGCUACAGGAGGAAGCGGUAGAGAUAGCAGUGGUGGGUCUGCCGGCCCGAUUGUUAUUGGAACCGUUAAUGGUGGACCCACGACCUUUGGCAACAGAGUUAACGGAGUGGGCAAAGGUGGUCAGACUGAUACUCCUGAUCAAGGUGUCGGCGGUGGUCCGGCCUUCGGCUCGGGUGUCGGCGGUGGUCCGGCCUUCGGCUCGGGUGUCGGCGGUGGUCCGGCCUUCGGCUCGGGUGUCGGCGGUGGUCCGGCCUUCGGCUCGGGUGUCGGCGGUGGUCCGGCCUUCGGCUCGGGUGUCGGCGGUGGUCCGGCCUUCGGCUCGGGUGUCGGCAGUGGUCAGGUCAGACGGGUGGAAGCCUCAAUCACGCCCACUGUCACCCAGACUGUCACAGUGGACAGGUUCGUGACCUUGACUGACCUGGCCUUCCACAGCGUGGCGGUGACCCUGACUGACCUCAGAGUACAGACCAUCACGGUCGGGACACACGCGGUGGUACAAACUCCCGUCGACGACCGCGUCGCCCUCCAGACCACGGUAGUUGUCAGGCCCACUUCGGUCACCGUCACUUGUGUUAAGUCUGACUUCAGGCUGGUGACUGAGGUUGCGGUAGACCACGUCACCAUCACCCACACCUCCUACGUCAUCCGUCAGACCACCGUCACCACCCUCGUCACACAGACGCUGACCUACACCUCCACGCUGGUCCGCACCAUCAUCAACACACAGAGGACCACCUUCACAGACUUCCACACCAUCACGGACACAGUCUUCGUUCCCGCCGUCUACAACCACUAUUAGUUGCUGUAAUAUACUGCAUUGCUGUGUCGUCUGUAGCGUAGUAAUGGUUUUUAAAAUUGUAAUUUAUGUAAAAUAAGGCUGUAAGAUUACCCAGAAGUUUACCACCUGAAUUUGAUGUAAAUUUUUCAAUAAAUAUCUAAUUUAGUAA